AUGCUGAAUGGCCUCAACAUCCUACCCUCCUACACUGGAUAUUUCAACUUGAAUGAUGCUACUACCGGGCUGAACACUGCAUCCGUUUUUAUUGGUGGAUUCCUCGGUCCAAUGGUGUCGGGUGUCAUGGCAGAUAAAUUAGGUCGUCGCCCUGCGAUCUUCUGGGGAUCAGCUUUGACCAUUGUUGGAGUCAUCCUCCAGACUGCCGCGCAGAACAUUGCCAUGUUUGUGGUGGCUCGGAUUAUUCUUGGAUUUGGUUCUGCUAUCUCUGGCAUUGCUGGAGGUGUAUAUCUUGCGGAAACAUUCCCCAGUCGGUGGCGUGCCUGGGGAGUUGGCGUUGGUGCCUUGAUCGCCGCUGGAAUUACCCUCGGCACUGGACAGUGGCAGUCAACAUGGGCAUGGAGAGCCCCUUCACUCUUCCAGGCGAUAUUUUCUCUCCUCUGCAUUCUCACCCUACCAUUUAUUCCUGAAUCUCCUCGAUGGCUCGUUCGCCAAGGAUUCUACGCGGAAGCCCGACUUUCUGUGGCGCAGACAAAUGCAAAUGGGAGCCUGUCUGAUCCAGUUGUUAUCGCGAUAUUCAAAGAGAUUGUGGAUACCUUCAAGUGGGAAAAAGAAAACGUGCAUGACAUGAGUGCUGUCGAGAUUUUUCGAUCUCCUUCGGCCAGAAAGCGACUGCUCAUCGGAAUGUCCCCGGGACCAUUCUCUUGCAUUGCUGGAAAUAUCAUCGCGUCAUACUAUUUCGGGUCGGAACUUGACACGGCUGGUAUUACGAACACCAAUGAUCAGCUCAAGGCAGGAUUUUACUCUAUCGCAUGGACACCGCUUCUUUAUCUCUACCCACCCGAAGUCAUGAAUUACUCUAUUCGUGCGAAUGGAUUGGCAUUUUCUUCAUUUGUCCUUAACGCAUUUGCCCUUGUCUUCACUUUCAUAAUGCCAAUUGGCCUAGGCAACAUUGGUUGGAAGAUGUACAUGAUUAAUGCAUCCUGGGAUCUGGUCAUUCUUGGCCUCAUUGCAUACUAUUGGGUUGAAACAAAGGGAAAGACCCUGGAGGAGAUUGACGCGCUCUUUGAAGGAGAGAAACAUUCCUCGGUGCCGGAUAUCGAGAAACUCCGACGGGGCCAGAAAGCAAUCGACACGGAUGUGGUGGAGGAACAACUAACUGCGGAGAUAGACUCUAUGUCAGUAAAGCAAUAG